AGCUACUCAUGGGCGCCUUUCAAAGAGAAGAGGUUCAGAAAGGAGAAAGCCCAAAUAUGGAGCCUAUAUCACUCCUGAGUCCUUAUGAUAUGGGAAAGUUCAAUUUGUCACACAGAAUUGUGUUAGCACCAUUAACAAGAUCUAGGUCAUAUGGUAAUCUCCCACAACCGCAUGCGAUGGAGUACUACUCACAAAGGGCAACCAAGGGAGGCCUUUUGAUUGCAGAAGCCACAGGUGUGUCAUCUGAUGCACAAGGGAUGAGUGUAAUCCCUCACACCCCAGGGAUAUGGACCAAGGAACAAGUGGAGGCUUGGAAACCUAUUGUAGAUGCAGUGCAUGCCAAAGGUGGCAUAUUCUUUUGUCAAAUCUGGCAUGUUGGAAGAGCAUCUGACAUGGAGGAACGGCCCAUCUCAAGCACAUAUAACCCUAUUGAGAAGACUGCGGAGAACUACUUCCUGGAUUUCUCCAACCCAAGGAGCUUACCUGUUGAAGAGAUCCCUGAUGUCAUCAAGCAUUUCACACUUGCUGCCAAAAAUGCAUUGGAUGCAGGUUUUGAUGGGGUUGAGGUCCACGCUGCAAAUGGCUUCCUCCUGGACCAGUUCAUGAAGGACGGCGUCAACGGCCGCGCCGACGAGUACGGCGGCAGCCUGGAGAACCGCUGCCGCUUCGCGCUGGAGGUGGUCGACGCCGUGGUGGCCGAGGUCGGGCCGGACCACACCGGCGUCCGCCUCUCCCCGUUCUCCCGCUGCCUCGACUGCGCCGACUCCGACCCGGACGCGCUGGCCGUCCACAUGGCGCGCGAGCUGAACGCGCGCGACGUCCUCUACUGCAACGUGGUGGAGCCCGAGUUGGCGGCGGCGGCGGCGAACGGCGGCGGCGCGGGGACGCGGGUCCCGCACCGGCUGCGCGGCGUGCGGGAGGCGUUCGACGGCACGCUGAUGGUCGGCGGAGGGUACGACAGGGCGGAGGGCGACUGGGCCGUCGCCGACGGCUACGCCGACCUCGUCGUCUACGGCCGCCUGUUCCUCGCCAACCCGGACCUCCCCAGGAGGUUCCGGCUCGGCGCGCCGCUCAACGGGUACGACAGGGCGACGUUCUACACCGCCGACCCCGUCGUCGGCUACACCGACUACCCGUUCCUCGACGGCGACGGCGACAGCGACGACGGCAUUUAGCUCGCUCGGAGACAUCAACCAUCGAUCGCCUCGAUCCGUGUACGAGGCCCUGCACUGCACCAGAAUAAUUUUUAGCUUGUUUUGCUGCUUAAUUAAUAAUGUUGACAAUUGAGACUUGGGUGUUCUUCGUUGAUUCAGCGUGGAUUCUGUCUGCUGCGUAUGCCACCGUGAUGCAAGGUGGUUUUUUUUUCUGGAGCAUUUGCAAAUUUACUACUUUUAUUUUUCUAUAUCACAACAACGUUAUUUGGAUAAUCAUUUUGGUAGCAUUUAUAAUUUUUAGUGGU